AUGCCAACACAACAAGAUGCUGAACGGACCAUGCUCGAGACCCCGGACACGGAGCUGCUCCGGUCCUGGUCUAAGCUCUACAGCUCCGAGGUCCACUUAGCUGGCGACAAGUCACACGCCGAGCGCAUCUGCCAGCUCUGGAAGUCCUACGGUGUCGCCACAGAGCUUGUGCAGUACGACGUUCUACAGAACUUUCCGCUCAGCACAGGCUUGAAACUGCACGCGGCCUCGGAUGCACCCAGCUCUGCAUACGAGGCACGCCUGGAAGAGGACGACCUGCCUGAAGACCCGACGUCGUCACCCAGCCGAGGAUUGCCAGCCUUUCACGGCUUCUCGGCCAACGGUGAUGUGACAGCCGAGCUCGUGUACGCCAACUUCGCGACGCCGCAGGAUUUUGAGAACCUCCGAGCCAACGGUAUCGAUGUGCGUGGCAAGGUGGUCAUCUGCAAAUACGCCAAGAUCUUUCGCGGUCUCAAGGUGCGCGCAGCCGAGCAGCAUGGGGCCGUGGGCGUCAUCAUGUACAACGACCCGCAGGAGGAUGGGCAGUACACGGAGAAGAAUGGGUACGAGCCCUUCCCCCACGGGCCGGCCCGCCACCCGUCCACCAUUCAGAGGGGCAGCGUCGACUUCUUCUCCGUCGCUGUCGGCGAUCCGAGCACCCCCUGCUACCCCAGUCUUCCGGGCGACUCGACGGAGAGACGCGACCCACAUCAUGCGAUACCCAAGAUCCCCUCGCUGCCAAUCUCCUAUGCUGAUGCAAUACCGUUCCUGCGGGCCCUGAACGGCCUCGGAAAGGGUCCCGAUACGAUGGAGGGGUCCGCGUCCGGCGGCUGGCUUGGCGAGAUUGAUGGUGUGACGUACCACACUGGGCCGAGCAAUGUCGAGGUAUCCUUGUCCUCUCACGGCGAUUUUCGAUAUGCACCUAUCUACAACGUCAUUGGUACAAUCCCGGGCGAGACAGAGCAGAGCAUAAUCCUGGGAAACCACCACGAUUCUUGGUGCUGCGGCGCGGUGGACCCUAUAUCUGGAUCGGCAGCCUUGAACGAAGUUGCUAGAGGUUUGGGUAAGCUACUCAAGGCGGGAUGGAAGCCGUAUAGGAAAUUCGUUCUGUGCUCGUGGGAUGACGAAGAGUACGGCUUGGUAGGAUCGACGGAAUGGGUCGAGGACAACGCUCGUGACUUGGCCGAGAACUGUGUCGCUUACAUCAACGUUGACGAGUCGACUAAUGGAGGCCGAUACCUUGGCGCCGUGGGCAGUCCCCUCCUGUCAGACAUCCUGCGGUCUACGACUAGGCUCGUCAGUUCGCCGAUCGAUAGCACCAAGUCAGUGUACGAUGACUGGAUAGCCGACCUGGAGGGGAAACAGGCGGUGACGGAUGACGGUGUGGUUGUCAGGCCGAGCCUGGGCCUGGUCGGGACCGGCAGCGACUACACGGCCUUCUAUCACCAUCUCGGCAUCCCCUCGGUCGACAUGGUCUUCAACCAGCAGGGCCGGGGAGUAUACCCGUACCAUUCAAACUACGAUGGCUACUACUGGCUCGACAACUUUGGCGAUAUCGGCUUCACCAAGCACAAGGCCAUGGCCCAGCUGUGGGGCCUUGUGGCCGUAGGUCUGGCAGGAGUGCAGCUCAUCCCGUUCUGCGUUGCUGACUAUGCAGAGUCUCUGGAAGAAAAUCUCGCAACGGUCGAGACACAGUAUCCAGGUGAAUCGCUGGAUUAUUCAAGCUUCAAGGAUACAGUUUCCCGGUUCCGUCAAGCUUCUCUGAGAUUCGACGCUGCUUGCCAAGCUGUCUCCAACCAUAAACGGGAGACUGAUCCUGGACAGGUCUACGCACUAAACCAAGGCAUGAUUCGACUGGAGAGAGCGUUCCUCCUGGAAGAGGGACACGGUCUAAGAGGAAGACCAUGGUAUCGGCACCAGUUCAGAUAUUUGCUCCUGGGCUCUGGCUGGGAUACGAAGGAGUGGCGUUUCCGGCGCUACGAGAAGCUCUAG